CAAUCUCUCCUUCCAGUUUCGGCCAGUCAUUGCAAGCCUCCUCCUCCUCCUCCUCCUCCUUGCUCUGCUUCUGGCUGUGCCAGCCCGGGGAAGAUGGCGGCGACUUGGGGCUCUUCCCUUCUGGGUCUAGUUCCCUCCGAGCUCAAGAUCGGGAAGGCCAUUCGUUCUCUCCUCGAGUCUGCGAACCUCUGGCAGAGCGCUUCUUCAUUUGGCUCAGAGCAAAACUGGACGUGGUUUUUCGGAUGUAGGGAUCCGAGCAUAUUGUUGUCUAGUGGACUGGGGAGAGUUCGGCAUGCCCUUCAUCUGCUGCAAAUGGAGCCAGUUAUUAAGAGAUUGGUUAUCUCGUUAGUCUUGGAAAAAGCUUUCUGGAGCGCCAUUAUGAAUAAUCAGUCGGUCAAGAAGUUCCAGGAGUUGCUCCUCUCAGAUAAAACAGAAAGCCCUCAGAUUUAUGAGGAAGUAGACUGGGGUACGAACGAUCUGCAGAGGAUCUUGGACAUCUUGAAGGACAAAAUCGUGGAACUGAUUGAAAAAUUCAAGCUUCUUUUGAUCAAGAUAUUGCAACCUUCACAGCCGCCCAAGCCAAAAGCUAUGGCUGACGGGUCGAGUUAGAGGAAAAAGUUGGAUCGUCCUUGCUACUUUAGGUGCUAAUCAUCUUGGUUGUAGUGCUGGCAUGAGUACGCGUUGCUUAAUGAUCAAUCUAUGUAUCAAUUCUACCCAGAUUCGCGACAUGGUGCACUUCGAGAUGUGAUAAAGGUGUACCGAUUUGCUUUUGACCCUGAGUUCCCCUCAGUGCUUGUAUAUGAAUGUGUGAACAGAUCGCAAGAGGUAAAAGUGUUGCUGCUGCGCUUAAUUUCAGUUUUCCCAAGAAUUUCGCCAUGGAACCUUUCUGAUUAGGGACCUCACUACAUAUGAAGCGUGAGUCGAGAACUUACCGACAGCUAGAGAUAUGUACAGAAAAUGCUGAAUGUCUGUUGCAUGAGCAGCGACAUUUCCGGCACACUAGCAAUAAUAGUUCACUGUUUUUGUUCAA